AUGUUUCUGAGUGGCAUGAGUGAAGCUUCUAAACGUGAAAUUAGCAUAAAAGGAAUUGAUCCAGCUGCACUUGAAGCAUUUAUAACAUUCGCGUACACCGGUGAAAUUCAAAUUACACCAGCUAAUGUUCAGGCAACUCUUAUCGGCGCCAGUUUUCUGCACAUUGAUAGCGUGCGAAAUUUCUGCUGUCGUUAUAUUGAGGAAAGACUCUCUCUGGAAAAUCUUCUGCAAGUUCGCAACUUUGCAACAAGCUUUCUCUGUUCAAACCUCGUAUCAGCCUGCGACAAGAUCAUCCACGAGAACUUCGAGGUACUUGCAGACUCGCCAGUGUUCUAUUCUCUCAGCGGUUCUGAACUCUGCAAACUCCUCGAAAGUGACGACCUACAAGUUAGCAGCGAAGAAAAAGUCUUUCAUUCCAUCAUCGCCUGGUGUGAGCACCCACCAAGUGACGCUGACGCAGAAACUGGCAUUUUGGGUAGCCCCAAGUUGAGCCGCUCUCUACAAUCCCUCGCUAGCUCUGGCACCUCCAAGGAUGUGGUGACUGGCAAAUUUGGGUCCUGCGAUCAUGCCAAUCCUCGUUUGAAGUUCCUCCCUGAUCUGCUUGCACGCGUUCGCCUACCAUUCCUCUCCGCGCAGUUCAUCCGCGACGUCGUCUCAAAGAACGCCCACAUCCGAGCGGACAUUCAGUGUAGGGACUUGCUCGACGAAGCCCGCGACCUCCUUUUGCUGCCAAAUUCAGUACCCCCGGAGUCCUGCUCGUUCGCCUGUCGACCGCGGCGUGGGCAGGAGGUGGCAGGCAUAAUUUAUGCCGUUGGAGGCUAUUCAGCUGACGGGGAUUGUCAAAGCAUCGUGGAGGCCUACCACCCACUCAUCGACCGGUGGGAGGUUGUUGAAAGCAUGUCCACAGAAAGAAGCCGAAUAGCCGUUGUUGCACUUAAAGGUUGUCUUUACGCAAUAGGUGGUCUAGACGGAAGCUCGCGGCUGAACACGGUGGAGAAGUUUGACCCCAAGACCGGUGUGUGGCAGAAAGUGGCUUCCAUGAACUACCGCAGAAGUGCCCUGGGCGCAGCCGUCCUAAACGGUCGGAUCUACGUGUGUGGCGGCUACGACGGUGUGUCAUCCCUCCGCACCUGUGAAGUCUACAACCCCGACCAAAAUCGGUGGCAAGUCAUUCCAAGCAUGACGGAGUGUCGCUCGGCAGGCGGAGUGGUAGCACUUGAAGACGGACGCCUAUUCGCCAUCGGCGGACACAACGGCCUGCCGAUUUUCGACUCGGUGGAGUGCUACCACCGCCGUGGACACCACACAGUCGCGCCCUCAGACACCUCGACCGUCUCCCCCGUCACGUGGUCGUGGGGCCGGGUGUGGCGCCAGGUGGCUCCGAUGCUGCACCGACGCUGUCGUCACGGCGUCGCCGUCCUCCGUGGACGCAUCUUCGCCGCCGGCGGCUACAACGGCUGCUACUUUCUGCGCUCCGUGGAGGUGUACGAGCCGGCGCCGCCUGUGCACUCGGAUACCGGUCUUGGCCAGUGGAGCGAAGUCGCAGGCAUGGCUAAUCCACGAUCUCGUGUCUCUCUGGCUGCGUCUGGCGGUCGUCUCUACGCUAUCGGUACGCCUCCCUUAAAGCUUUCUCUCAUUUCACAUCCGAAAUCGCUUGCCUUCGAGGGCCUUCAGGGCCGGUUAACCGAAGCAGUAUCAUUUCGUCGACAAGGUGUGACACAAUCUCGUGUCUUACCCUAUCGCUUCCACAAAGGCUCCAGAGCCACCGAGACUCGCGACAAGAUUCGUGGAUGCCUGAGCCCCAUUCCGUUCUGGAGAUUUUUCGCUCAAAUUCAACUCACCAAUGUUGACGACGAGUUGUCCGAUGGUUCACCACGCAUCUCGUCCGAGCUACGUGAGUUGGCUGGCUUUCAUGGCAUUUUGGUCGAAAAAGGAGGCUCUCUUGAACGUUUCAUCCUCGCUCCAUGUGGGAAUCAGAAGGCCCAUGCAACACUUUCGCAGACACAGGCCUCUUUGAACGCAAGUUUUGUCCUAACAGGUGGCUUUGAUGGUGAGCGGAACCUGAACUCGGUGGAGUGUUUCCAGCAAUGCGAAAACUCGGCCCAUCAUCGACGCCACCACCUCCAUCUCACCGAUCUCGCCUACGACGAGGAAAGGGAAGCGGAGGAGAGGAUGGAUGCUAUGAAGCCGCCAGUGCGCCGUCUGCCUCGCUGCAAGUCGCGCGACGACGACGAUCUUGAGGAGUGGUUGGAGGAGGGUCCACGAAGUUUGCUGGUCCCGCCCAACUUCACUGGGGGAGGCGGUGGCGGCAGCGGCAACUCAAAGCCGACCUUCGCCGGCGACCAAGCAGCCUCUGCGUCAUCCGCUGCUCGUGAGGGCUCUGCAUCCACCUCCAACGCCCACAGUGACGACUGGCCGGGCGAUUUGGCAACCGUCACAACUGAGGGUCUGGACUCCACGGAAAGUCUCAUCGAAUCGCUGACCUUCCAGUCGGCUGUGACGUCCACCGGUGGCGCUGGUGACGCCACAGCCCCCUGCGUCUCCCCCACCGAAGCGGACAACGACGACGUCUUCGCGGACUGGCAGUGGCUCCCUGCGAUGCCACUCAUCGCACACGAGGGCGGAGUUGGUGUCGGUGUCAUCCCGCUUUACUAG